AUGACCAACAUUCAUUCCCUUCCCCCUUCCGCUUCCGUCUUGGUGGCCCUUUCUACCUUGGAGCCUCCUCCUUCACCAAUUCUCGAUCCUAUUGAUGCAUCGUGUUCGAGCGAUUUCAUCCCUAUUCUCUUCGAUUUUGUUCUGGAGGAGGAGGAUGAGGUCAAUGGUGACGAAUUGACACCCAUGAACCAGCGAGUCUCUGUCGGAACAUUUGGACCUCGCUAUGAUUUAGGCUCUUUAGCACAUCGCUCUCUACCUUCCAAUAACUCCAUCCUCUCCAACUGUAGCUCGCGUGUUCAUGCGCCAAUUCAACACACACCUCCUCGAGCGGUUACCCCGUCCGUAUCCACACUAUCCGCUAUAUCUGCGAAUACGACCGCGAGCCUGUCGCCCUCGCCAUCAAAUUCUUCUACUCAGUCACUCCAUCGCAAAUUCAGAUUCCCAAGAGACCUUAGUUUCGGUUUCUCAACCAGCAAGUCUUUGGCCAGUCAAGUAUCUCAAUCAGACUCAAGGAAUCUAUUGCCCAUCCCUGCUUCAGAACCUCGUUGCAUUCCUGGAGUGCCAUACAAUUUUGAUCAUUUCCCGGUUCCAGAAGCUGUAAUCUGGCUCAAAAACAUGACCAUAGCGCUCUCAAUUGAUCAAGAAGGCUUCCGUUCAGUUUGCCCGACGUUCAAACUCGCAGGGUUCAGACAACAUGUUCGAGGCUGGGGUUAUGACGCACCUGAAGGAGGCUGGGCCCUGUUCCGCCCUACCACAAAGGAAUCGUUUCCAUUCCAUUAUGCUCCUCUUGAAGGUCUUCCGAUUCUUCGCCGGCUCAUGAUCAAUAACGACGAGUCUCGAGACUACAUCUCGCGUCAAGCAACUUUGGCUCUCAAGACGACUGGUGUCUAUAUCGUGCAUGGUAGCGAGUCUUUUCAUUCACUUCCAACGGGUGUUCAAGGUCAAUCUGUCGACGGCAAGAUGCGCUGGCGAUUUGAAUAUUUUGUGGACAACAAAGUGGAUGAGAGUGGCAAGAAGAUUGUUGACGGAGAAAAACAGCUCACGCCUCUGACAUUCCUCUGCUCUCCAUGGCUACUCCACCCGAGUCAUGGCCACAAAGUGAAAUUCAUGCAUGUCGUCAAGAAGAGCGUCACCACCAAGCUUGUAGCAGAAAGAUUAGAACUCCCUCUCAAGACUGUGGGCAAUGCCAUGUGGUCUGGUUUCCACCGACGAGGCAAUUCGCAUGCGAGUGCAGAAGAAGCCAAAAGCAACAAACGUAAAGGAUCUAUUAGACGAGGGGGCAUGCGUUCGAGAGCGAACGAGAACACAGUUUAUGGUCACCAAAACACGACGUCCACUGGUGUCGGGCGACACAUUAUUCCCCCAGCAGAUUUCUUGAAGAUGAUGGCAGUAGAUUAG